UUCCAACCGGUCGCGCACGCUAGCUUAUUAUCAUUCGCGUCUGUCUCUCCGCGUUGUGCGCACGCGUCUCUAUCAUAUCCAUAAAAACACACAAAAAUGGCUGCCGAGGUGAAGAAAUUUACUAGAAAGGAGAUUGCCGCUUCUGACGCCAAGACUGCGGCACGAUUCAUCAUCAACAACCACGUGUACGACGUGUCCCAGUUUUUGGACGAGCAUCCUGGCGGUCACGAAGUUUUAGUUAAUGCUGUCGGCAAGGACGCGACGGAGGACUUCGACGAUAUCGGUCACAGUAUCGACGCCAAGGAGUUAAUGAAGAAGUACCGUAUCGGCGAGUUGGUCGAUGAAGACAAGACGAACACUAACAACUCUGGUGGAAAUGUGAAGUGGACGACUCCAUCCAAUAAUACUGAGGAGGAGACCAGCUUUAUCAGUUCCUGGAAGUUCCCUGUAGUGCUCGGUAUCUUAGCCACCGUCCUUUAUACAUAUCUGUUCGGGUAGAGCUUGUGUGUAAUCGUAAUUAUAGUUAUAUCGUAUCAAAUUGGGCACUGCCGUAAUGCACGGCGUACAGUGGGAAAUGAGUGUUGGACCUUGGACCUCUUUGAUUGUCAACGAGCGGGUGUUCAUGCCAAAUUGUUAAGGUUUUAUAUUUAUACUUUGUGAUAUUCGAUUAAACGUUUUGUUUUACACUAGUGUUCCUUUCAUUCGAUAAUGUGUGGGGUGACGGUUCCGUGGUUUUUGCGUGUUCAUGUAAUGAUUCGUCACAAUAAGACCGUGACGUUCACCCGUUCCACCAGUCGCUCGCUGGUAUUUAGAUAACUAUCAAUGAAUAUUGAUUUAAAGCUGACCAAACUGGUCUCAAUACGUAGUUACAUAACGUGCAAGUUGCUCUAUUAGAACCUUUUAAAACAUUGCCCACGAAUUGACCGUGAAUUUAUAUAAUACAUUUUCCAGAAUUUGUC